AUGAAAGCGCUUUUCACUCUGGGAAGAUCUGCGCUUAGCCAAAAGACUCACGGCGCUAGUCACCAUCCUAGAGUUUGGGCCCCUUGGGAACUGAUUUAUAUUCGGAACAAGAGCGAGGGCAAGAGCAAAAGCAAGCACGAGAGUAAGAGCAAGAACAAAAGCAAGAGUAAGAGCAAGCACGAGAGUAAGAGCAAGAACAAAAGCAAGAGUAAGAGCAAGCACGAGAGUAAGAGUGAGAAUAAGAACGGGAACGGGAAUGAGAUCAAAAGCAAGAGCAAGAAUAAGAGCAAAAGCAAGGGCAAGAGCGAGAUUAAGAACAAGAGAAAAAGAGUGACACUGUAG